UUCAAGGGAGACCACUCGCAGCGUCAUUAGGCACCGACCGGGCACCUGCAAACGUGCAAAACGCCAAAAUUUAAGCAAAAUGUUUGCAAGGAAAGCCGUGUCAGUUCUGAAACACGGACUUAUUGACACCAGUGCUAGUAGACUGAUCCAUUCUUCGGGUGUACUUGGAACGAAAGUUGCUGUGGUCCUGUCUGGGUGUGGUGUUUAUGAUGGAAGUGAAGUACAUGAAGCAUCGGCUAUACUAGUUCACUUAAGUCGAGGAGGUGCCGAUGUCUCUAUGUUUGCCCCUGACAAGAACCAGAUGCAUGUUGUCAACCACACCAAGGGAGAGCCCAUGGAACCAAACAGGAAUGUACUGCUGGAGUCGGCACGGAUUGCCAGAGGCAAAGUGGAAGCACUCUCAGGAUUGAAAGUACAGAAUUUUGAUGCUGUCAUUUUCCCAGGUGGAUUUGGUGCAGCCAAAAACCUAUCUACGUUUGCGUCGGAAGGGACAGCAAUGUCUGUGGAUUCUGAUGUGGAGAGAGUCCUAAAGGAGUUCCACACUGCAGCCAAACCAAUCGGACUGUGUUGUAUUGCCCCUGUGCUGGCUGCCAAGGUCAUACCAGGCUGUGAGGUCACUGUGGGGUCAGACCAGGAGGAAGGAGGGAGGUUCCCAUAUGCUGGAACAGCCGGCGCCAUUGAGGCCUUGGGAUCCAGACACAUCAAGAAGAAUGUUACUGAAUGUCAUGUUGACAGCAAGAACAAGAUUGUCACAACCCCGGCCUUCAUGUGCGAGACUGCUGUACACGAGAUCUACGAUGGAAUCGGAACUAUGAUCAAGUCCAUCCUCGGAAUGGCUAAAUAGAGCCAUGAAUUGUGUGCUGCAGUGGGACCCUGGAAACACAGAUUGUCAAUUGAAUAUUGACAGAGACAUUUAUGUGUACUAUAAAUCUAUUAACCCUGAUCCAGGAUAUGUGGACUAAGAUGACAUUACUUCAUGAUACCAAAGGAAUCCAGAUUAAGUCAUGUGGUCUUACUGUGUUACUCCCCUUGUCUCUAACAAGAUGGCAACACCUCAUGAUAAUAACAGUUUGUUUUCAUAUACAGUUGAUAUAUUUCAGUGGUCCCAAGGACUUGAGUAAGUGAAGUUUCAGUUACUUUGAACUCUUUUGAGAUUGGUGUGAGUUUCCAAGCAUGACAUGUCUCUAAAACUAGAUUGUUCAGUGGAGAUGCUAUGAUGUCGGUGAAGAGAUUACAAAUACAUGUAUAUUGGAUUCCAGUUCCUGAAUGAGGCAUAAUAAGAAUGUGUCUAUGUUUGAUCCUUGUAUGUGUUUGAAAGCUUGAAAGCUUGUGGAGUGCUAGUCUUGGAAGUAAAGCUUUGGAUACCCA